AAGCGGCGGAGCCGGGUUACCGAGCAAGACAAGGCCGUGUUGGUGAGAAAGGCGGCCGUUGGUAGCCGAUGUCGUGCAGGGCAUAGAGAGAUGGGUGGGAUUGGGGCCUGGGAGGCUUUUACGGCGGAUGGCUUCCAAGCAAUUGAAACAGCAGCGGGACAAAUUAAAGCAAUAUCAGAAAAGGAUAUCUCUGCAAUUGGAGCGAGAGAGAAGAGUUGCUCUGCAGCUACUGAAGGAUGGCAAGAAAGAAAAAGCCAAAUGGCUGCUGAAGAAAAAGCGGUAUCAAGAACAGCUGCUGGACAAAACGGACAACCAAAUUAGCAACUUGGAGCACAUGGUCCAGGAUAUUGAGUUCACCCAAAUCGAGAUGAAAGUGCUUGAGGGCCUCAAAAUUGGCAAUGAAUGCUUAAAUAAGAUGCACCAGGUUAUGUCAAUAGAAGAAGUGGAAAGGAUCAUAGAUGAAACCCAAGACGCUAUAGAGUACCAGAGGCAAAUAGAUGAGAUGCUGGCUGGCAGCUUCACUGAAGAGGAUGAAGAUGCCAUUUUAGCAGAAUUAGAUGCCAUCACUCAAGAGCAGAUUGAUCUUCCAGAAGUUCCCUCAGAGCCCCUCCCAGAAAAGAUUCCAGAAACAUCGCCCAUCAGAGUCAAGCCAAAGCCGGAAUUGGUGGCAGCAUCUUAACUUCGCUUCCUGGGAGAUCCCUGCAGGGAAUCCUGGAAUCUCAGCAUGCCUGGGGUGUGAGAGAGGCCUCCAUGGUAUCCCACUGGCACUAGACAGCCAUGCUGGAGCGGGUUUCUUGCACAGAAUGGAAGCUGCAGCUGGUUAUUGUUCCUAUAUCAAGAUGAUUUUUUGUAGUGUGAUCUCUCCUCCUUUUUUGUAACUUAAACACUGGGUUAAGCAGUGACUCUCAAACCCUUGAAGCCAAAUGCUUUCUGCAGAGCAGAUUUCGGCUGCAGACCUGCCUCGGAUGCCAGCACAACCUUUUGCUAACUGUCUACGCCCCCCUGGUGCCCUUUUGAGCUGGUGGGCGCUGUGAACAGUUGCAAGGUUUCCUGCUGCACUACAGGAAGAACUGCUGGGGAUGUUCUCGGCUUUUCUCUUGACUCGUUUACAAUUCUCUGGCUUUUUUGGAG